AUAUUCUCGACACAUACAUAAACGCAUAAACUCGUUAAAUUGUACGAAUAAAUAGAUUUUGAAAGCUCGUUAUAUUUUUAUAAUAGUAUUGUUUUUCACCCAAACCGAAAAAGAGAGAGAAUCUGUGCAUGUUGCUCAGAAAAUCUUCAAAGUGUAAUCUGGGCUUACGUUAGCUCACGAACUCCCAAGGAUCUCCUAUAUAUGUUUUUCCAUUUCCCCAUAAAAUCUCUCAUCAUCUAAAACAUCUUUAUUAUCAUUUCUUCUUCUAUAUAUUCCUUUCCCCUUUAGUGUCCUGAGAGACGCAUAUCUUGAUUUCUUGAUGACUCGUGAAAUGACGUCAAGCUUUCUUCUCGUGACAUUCGCGAUUUGUACACUGAUCAUAGCCGUUGGUCCCAGCGAGCUCCUCCGCAUCGGAGCCAUAGACGUCGACGGCCACUUCACCUUCAAGCCUUCCGACUUAGCCUCCGUCUCGUCGGACUUCGGUAUGCUAAAGUCGCCGGAGGAGCCAUUAGCCGUACUUCAUCCAUCCUCAGCUGAAGACGUGGCACGGCUCAUCAGAACAGCUUACGGCUCAGCCACGGCCUUUCCGGUCUCAGCCCGUGGCCACGGCCAUUCCAUAAACGGACAGGCUUCGACAGGGAGGAACGGUGUGGUGGUGGAGAUGAGCCACCGCAACAUAGGGACGCUGGAGCCACUAGUUGAACCGGAGGAAAUGUAUGUGGACGUUUGGGGUGGAGAGUUAUGGGUUGAUGUGUUGAAAAAAACGUUGGAGCAUGGCUUAGCACCAAAGUCAUGGACUGAUUACCUGUAUCUUUCCGUUGGUGGUACACUCUCCAAUGCAGGAAUUAGUGGUCAAGCUUUUCACCAUGGUCCUCAAAUUAGUAACGUCCUUGAGCUAGACGUUGUAACUGGGAGAGGAGAGGUGAUGAGAUGUUCAGAAGAAGAGAACACAAGGCUUUUCCAUGGAGUUCUUGGUGGGUUAGGUCAAUUUGGGAUCAUUACACGAGCACGAAUCUCUCUCGAACCUGCUCCCCAAAGGGUAAGAUGGAUAAGAGUGUUGUAUUCGAGCUUCGAAGUGUUUACAGAUGACCAAGAAUACUUAAUAUCUAUGCAUGGUCAUUCAAAGUUUGAUUACGUGGAAGGGUUUGUGAUCGUGGACGAAGGUCUCGUCAACAACUGGAGAUCCUCUUUCUUCUCUCCUCAUAACCCCGUUAAAAUUUCUUCCGUUAGCUCUAACGGCUCCGUUCUGUAUUGCCUUGAGAUCACCAAGAACUACCACGAGUCCGAGUCCGACACCGUCGAUCAGGAAGUAGAGAUUUUGAUGAAGAAAUUAAAUUUUAUACCGACAUCGGUAUUCACGACAGAUUUGCAAUAUGUGGAUUUCCUGGACCGGGUUCACAAGGCGGAGCUGAAGCUCCGGUCGAAGAAUUUAUGGGAGGUUCCACACCCAUGGCUCAACCUAUUCGUACCAAAAUCAAGAAUCUCUGAUUUUGACAAAGGCGUUUUCAAGGGCAUUUUGGGGAAUAAAACUAGUGGCCCUAUCCUUAUCUACCCAAUGAACAAAGACAAAUGGGACGAAAGAAGCUCGGCCGUUACACCGGACGAGGAAGUUUUCUACCUGGUGGCUCUAUUGAGAUCAGCUUUAUCGGAUGGUGAGGAAACGCAGAAGCUAGAGUAUUUGAAAGAUCAGAACCGUCGGAUCUUGGAGUUCUGUGAACAAGCCAAGAUCAAUGUGAAGCAGUACCUUCCUCACCAUGCAACGCAAGAGGAGUGGGUGGAUCAUUAUGGAGACAGAUGGGAUCAGUUUAGAAGCAUGAAGACUGAGUUCGAUCCACGGCAUAUACUCGCUACCGGUCAGAAAAUCUUUCAGAACCCAUCUCUGGCUUUGUUUCCUCCAUCGCCGUCUUCAUCGUCAGCUUCAUGGUGACAGGACAGAAUCAGAGGGGGAAAGUAGUAGUUGAGAUUAUAUUCUUCCUGAUGUAUAUAUAUGUCCUAAUAGAGAAGCAUCAGAGAGAGAUUAGGUUGGCGUAUUUUGUUAGUAUCGUUUAAAAAUUAGAGUUAGGAAGAUUCAAGUUAGUAAUAUGUUACUGUUUAAAUUUUCUACA